AUGUCAGAUUUAGCUACCUGUAACCCUCAUGAAAACGGUAUUGCAUUGAUCAACUGGAUCUAUUUCAUCUCUGGAGGUUGUGUCUAUGGCCACAUGUCUGAACUGUCAUGGGUUGCCAGCACUGUUUCAGUGACGGGAUGGAUCUCGGCCGGUCUGUAUCAGAUAUACCUCAUGUACAUGACUAAAAGAGCUGCGGGAUUCUCUGCAUUAUUUCUGCUAUGCUGGGUCAUUGGCGACAUCACUAACGUCAUUGGUUGCUAUUAUACAGACCAGAUGACGUUCCAGAAGAUCUUGUCCACUUCAUCUCUUAUGCUAGAUAGCACCCUGAUGAUGCAGUAUUUCUACUACAAGAGCAAACAUCCUGAGAUUGGCUGUGAAGACGACCAAGACAAUGAUGACUUGACGUACAACUACGAGUAUGACGAUGAUGUCGACAUGAACAAAGAUGGCACCUCUGUCCAUCUACGGCGGUCUGGAUCCCAUUCUCCACCCAUUCUCUCGAUGCUCGAAAGAUCUGUUCACCAGAACCACGUCGCUGUUCCAUCUAGCACUUCUUCUACUGAUAAUUCCAACAGCCAUACCAGUUCUGAUAUCACUGGCCAAAGCUCUAGCAGCGGUAGCACCAGUAGCACCAGCAAUUCUGGACCAUCGACUAUGACUACUGUUCUCCUAGCAUCAGCCCUUGCUGUUCGAGGAGCCACUGCUGCUCCACUUGUGGGAGCUACUGCCGUUUCUGGCACUCCGCUGUUCGAUACACACAUGGUAGGAACAGUCUGUGCCUGGAUCUGUCAAUCUCUGUACACAUUCUCUCCUCUUCCCCAGAUUGUGAAGAACUACCGACACCGGUCGACUGGUGGGGUCAGCAUGGCACUGUUCCUGGCCGAUAUGAUUGGCAAUCUGGGCUACAGUCUGUCAAUUCUAGCAGCGUCUCGAAGCAUUCUCAACCACCACGAACGCUCGGCCUUCCUCCUCGAAGAACUGCCAUAUCUCGCUGGAACUGCCACUACCUUCACCCUCGAACUGGCUCUCCUCUGGCAGUACAUGCAUUACGGAACGACCUCUGCCUCUUCCUCACCCACUCUCACCUCGACCGUCUACUUCGACGGCGAAUCGCUCAGCCCGCUCACCUCACAACCCCAAGAGACCACCCAACUGCUCGACCCCCACUCGUCCUCCUCCAAGAAGUCCCUCACGAGCUACAGCACCGUCUCUGUAUAA